GCGGGGCACGGUGGAAGUGAGAGUGGCAGCAGUGCGGGGCACGGUGGAAGUGAGAGUGGCAGCAGUGCGGGGCACGGUGGAAGUGAGAGUGGCAGUAGUGCUGGACACGGUGGAAGCGAAAGUGGCAGCGAAGGUCAUGGUGGCAGUGUCAGUGCUAGUGCUAGUGCUUCUAGUACGAAACACGAGUGGAGCGGUGGUAAGUGAUUGUAUUAAACCAGUGAUUCUCAAACUGUGGUAGAUUUCGUUUUUCCAGCCUGGUACACUGAGAUGUAAAAACACAAAAAAAAAGAGAAAUGAAUAUGCGGUUACCUAAAAGAUGUUUCCUUGGAGAUAUUUGAAAUUUCAACACAAUAGUACCACGUAAAUAAUAUAAAGAGAACCCUUGGGUUAAGCAAUGACUUCCUAUCAGUAUUGGGACAAUGUAAAUUACGAUUCUAUUUUCUUAAAGAUUGACAGCUAUGUUCACCCUUUUUUAUUAACUGAUUUUACCUGAAGUUUUUUUGUUUUUGUUUUUUCAUAAAGGGAAACACAUUAAACUACAUUCAUUACGAAAUAAUAAUUUAUUUCAAUGUUCUGCCCUUUUCUUGUGUCGCCAGUUUUGGUUUAAGCUUAAAUUAUGGGAUGGGGGUUCUUAAAACUUUAAGGCUGUUUGGAAAUAUAUUUAAUUUUUUUUUUAAAAUCAUUUGAGCUCGAUUUUCUAAAAGAAUACAUUUUGUAACAUGACUUGAUAACGACGAAGAAUUAAUAAUCCAAUGUUAAAUGAGAAAGGCGAGCUACCAUUAUAGCUAAAAACUUGUAAUGGUCUAACUCUAUAUUAAUCAUAUACUAACGCUUUGGGGUGGGGGGGGGUGAUCGUCAUUAAAGGAUUAUAUCUGACUUUUAAAAGCUUGACAGUAACACUUGAUCCUCACUACUGUGCAGCCAAAAGCUGUAACUUUAUGCUGUAACUUUGCUAUUAGUAACAUUCCUAUAGAUAUCAUAGCAAUCAUUUACAUAUAUAUUUUUUCAGGAUUUAAAAUCUGGUUAAAAUUUACAAACAAACCUCACAAGUUUUAGAUCUGAAAUCCGAUUUUAAAAAAAAGAUAGCUAUAGAAGGGGGAGGGGAGUUAUAGUAGAGGCUAUAGAUAUAGUAGUGGCUAUAGUUAUAGUAGAAGCUAUAGUUAUAGCAGUGGCUACGGUUAUGGUUGAGGCUAUAGCUAUCGUAGAGGCUAUAUUAAUGGCGGAGGCUUGGGGUAGUUAUGGUAGAGGCUUUAGUUAUAGUAGGGGCUAUAGUUAUAGAUCGGACUCGUUAGCCUUGGACGGCAACCCAUCUAAGAGAAGGCAAACUCUGAAUUCAAACCAGGAGCCAUAAUGAUCAACAAAUUGAUCGUGGGCCCCCUCAAAUGUAAGAAGAAAGGAGAAGAAGAAACGGCUAAGGUUAUAGUAGUGGCUAUAGUUAUAGUAGAUGCUAAAGUUAUCGUAAUGGCUAUAAAUAUGGUGAGCCUAUAGUUAUGGUAGAGGCUAUAGUUAUAGUAGAGGCUAAAGUUGUAGUAAUGGUUAUAGUUAUGAUAGAGGCUUAUAGUUCAAGCAUUUAAAAGCUGUAGGGAUAUUUUGUAUUUGAAAUUAUAGAAGCGUACGAUGCAGAGUGGAUUUUUCUUUUGCUUGUAUACCGUUUUAAAUUAGUAUAUCAAGUGGUAUAUUUAAAUUAUUUUUAUAUUGAUAGCAUGAUGAAGUUGGGGGGGCAGGCAUUUAUUUCACUUGGAUUGACAUCGCCAAAUUUAAGUUUAAAAUGGCAAGAUCUGAAGUAAACCUUCAAAAACUCAAUAAGUCAACCCUGCAAAAGUCAAUUAAGUCAACAUUGAGACAUUCAAUUAACUCAACAUUGAGACCAUAAAAACCAAUAAAAAACAAGAUAAAACAACUGAACACAUACGUUUUAUGCCAGUAUGUAUGUCCUUAACGACACCCAGUGAAUUACGGUUGUUUAUUAGUUUAAACAAUUACACCAGCAACACAUUCCCUUAUAACUAAAAAAAUGCAUAUAAACACACAUUUCACUGGAAACAACAGUAAGAGAUUACAAAAGUUGACGAGUUAUUUCAAGCUCCAACCCCCCACACCCCAACAAACUUAUCACCUUACAGAAAACUCGUGGAUAAGUCAAGCUGCCUCGGGUGGCAAACCCUGGUGGAGGCCGUCAGGUGUUGACCCCAGUCAGUGGCAGGACCCUGGCUCGGUGAAGAAGCCGGCCUUCCAGCCUCACCAGCCUACGGAGGCCAAGGAGGAAGAAGAGAGCGAGUCCAAGGAUUCGGAGCAGAAGAAAUCCGCCGAGAUCAAAUCAAAGACAGGGAAAUCAGAGGCGGAGCCCGUGAGUCGUGCAGCGUCGGCGAGUAUCCAGUCUCACGGUGGAGGUAAGAUAAUGCCCCAUUUCCUAUUCUAAGGGUGAUAAAAAAAUGGUUCCGUUUUGGUUUGUCCGGAAGUGGUAAGAAACAUCGCAGUUACCAUGGAAUCGAUACAUCUAUUAGGAGAUGUAAUCCUGUGACCCGGAUGUACAUCACAGUACAGCAGUAAGGGACAAAAAGUUGUCUACGAAUUGAAAUGGGUCAAACUUUGUAAGAACAUUCUAAUAAGUCCUUAUGGACGAUGUGUGUAUUCUUUUAAUAAUGAAAAAUGCAGUUAUCGAGUGGCUUUAGGCCUGCACUCUAGGUACCGGUAUAUCAACGAUGUCCAAUGCAAGGAGACCAACGUCUUUCAAUAACUCAGACAAUCAUUGUUUGGUCCCGGAAUACGACUCUUCUCAAAUUACUGGACACCGUUAACAUAUGAACAAUUUCAAAAACCCGAUAAACAUUAAGAGACAUGAUUGGAUCACGUAGUCUUCUACUGGCCUGACCUUAUGGCGGCAAUGAAAAUUCUAACCCUUACAUAUUUGACAUUUAGUUCAGCUAUGGUUGCUCAUAGAGGCGAGGUUAGAACGUGUUGGAUCAAGCUUUUCUGGUGAGAGAUUAAAAAAAAAAAAAUACUGAAAUAUGAGGAAUGUGUUUAAAUAUCAACAAAUAUUCUCUAACGUAAAAAAUGUAUGGCUUCAAUCUAUGGGCACCAACCGCCAAGACCCUCACAAAACCCCACCAACCCCCACCAGAGGCGUAGCGAGGGUGUUUGGCGCCCGGGGACAAGAUUCGCGCCCGAGGACAAGAUUCAUUUUAAAGUGCCCCCUUUUUUUUCAACUCUCAAACCCAUUAUUUGCAUCAAUAAAAUGAUAUCAAAGCACAUUUUAGCGCCCCUACUUGCUGGCGCCCGGGGGACAUCUGUCCCCCCUGCCACCCCCUCGCUACGCCUCUGACCCCCUCAAAAAAUAAAUUUAAAAAAGCAACUGAAGGAUCAAACGAACGUCUCAAACUUUAAACGUACGUCCAAUAACGUAUUGUAAAGAUCCUCAAUUCAUGAUAAACGCAUACUCACGUUUACACUAACAAACAUAUAGACGUACAACACGAAAUUUAAAAAAAAAAAGAAAAAAAAAAGCAUAUCAACUCUAUCAACAAGCAUACCAACUCCAUCCUUCCAAACGGGCAUACACUUCCCUAACUCACAGUUACCAAUGGAAUACACAUCGAUUCACGUCCGUUUAAUCUAUCGACGAUCUCGUCUUCUCCUUCCCCCCAGAAUGUGACCCUUCCAGCUGUCAACUGCCCAACUGCUACUGUCCAGGCACGGCUAUCCCACACGGACUGUCCCCGUCGUCCGUCCCGCAGAUGGUGAUGCUGACCUUUGACGAUGAGGUGUCGGGGGCCUUUUACGGCUAUUACCAGCGUCUGUUCAGGCCAGGCCGAUAUAAUCCCAACGGAUGCCCGGUAAGUCCUGGAGCCCGACUUUCUAAUGAAAAGUUCAAAUGUGACCAUCACAGAGCCUUUUGACAAACACUUCAAACAUUCCCCAUGUGAUGACUGGACCAAUCUUUUAUUUGAUUAAACUCCCCAAACCUAAAUAUGUUUCUGGUACAUAACUAAUUAGCAGCUGAGCCGUGUAUGCAUCCCUACUGCCACAAGGGGUUUGUCCUUUAAGAGCGGUGAUCUAUUAAUAGAACAUUCGGGAGCAUAGUCUGACCAAUCUCAUUGAGAUAUUAAAAACACAUCCUGGUAUUCCGUUUGGCCAAUCUCUCAACAGCUGCUCGGUGCUUCUACGUUAACGUGCGUCUUAAGUAACCUAGACCAGCGGUUCUCAACCUGUGGGCCACGACCCCUUGGGGGGGGGGGUCGCAUGACCCUUUCCCAGGGUUCAUCUAAAACCAUCGGAAAACACAUAUACUCUACGUUAAGAGGUAGCAGCGAAAAUAAUUUUGUUGUUAGGGGUCGCCACAACAUGAGGAACUGUUUUAGAGGGUCACGGCAUUAGGAAGGUUGAGAACCACUGACCUAGACGAAAACCUGCUUACAAACCAAUUGUUGCUUCUAAAUAAUAUAUGCGGAAAUGCAUUUCUAGAAUCUAUGUUUUACGAAGACAUCGUCUUAAAAUAUUAACAUCGCGUAACACCAUGUGACGACCUCCGGUCUUAGACAUGACAAACCCUAUUCACUAACCUAUUACAUACGAUUUUUAAAAAAAAUAUUUUUUCCAAUAAUUUUGUGAAAUCAAUUUUAGUAGCGUUUCAAUUAAAUUUCCUGUAUAGUAAGUAACCUAGUAAUCUCACUGAUAAUGUUUACUUUACAUAAUAAUGGGUCUGCGUUUGUAAACAACUUUGUUUAAAAUAUUUGUACACCUUAGGUACGCGGAUGUAUGUACGUAUCUGGAAGUGGCACUGAGUACGACCUUGUCUACCCCUUGUACGCCAUGGGCAAUGAGAUAGCCAGCCACACCGUCUCACACAAGUAAGUCAAACAGCUAGCCACGCAAUCUCAAACAAGUAAGUCAAACCGUUAGCCAUAAAUAUCAUACAAGUAAGUCAAACAGCCAGCCACACAAUCUCACACAAGUAAGUCAAACAGCUAGCCAUAAAUCUUAUACAAGUAAGUCAAACAGCCAGCCACACAAUCUCACACACGUAAGUCAAACAGCUAGCCAUAAAUCUUAUACAAAUAAGUCAAACAGCCAGCCACACAAUCUCACACACGUAAGUCAAUUAGCCAGCCCCACAAUCUCAUACAAGUAAGUAAAACAGCUAGCCACACUAUCUCACACAAGUAAGUCAGCUCAGUGGUAAAAAUGUUUCUUAUCCAAACAAUUUACAGAGGUUCUAUUCCCAGAAAAGCCCAAAUGUUUUUUGAAAUUUUUAUUGAUUCAUUUUUCAUAUUUAUUUUAAUACCUGGAGAAAUGUAAACCCAGGCUGCUUCAUCCACCCCCUCCUCUGCACCCCAACAACUAACUGCCAGAUAUUCCCUUACAAAUUAUCUAAAAAUGGACCUACUAAAAAGUUUCACCUCAUUUUCGAUCUACUUCCAUGUGUUUAGAUUUCCUCACACGUGGUGGUCAACGGCCUCAUAUCAGGACUUCUAUGACGAGUCCAGCGGUAUGAAGGAGAAUCUUGUAACUAGGGCAGGUGUCCCAAGUGACGCCAUCAAAGGUUUCAGGGUGCCCUUCCUCCAGCUUGGCUCUGACAACAUGUACAGCGCCCUCUACGAUGCUGGAUUUCAGUAAGUCUCUUGUUUCCUGUUGAGGAUUAAGUCGGCGGAGUUACAAAUUUCGAAUCAUCAAAAUGGUGUUUGAGAAUGUCAACGACUAGGGUUCAGUUUUAUACACAAACAAAUGCUAAAGGCUGUUUAUCUUCUUUAUUAUUAGUUAUUUCCCGAAAAAUAAAUCAGCUGAUCAAAACUUAUUAUUAUCUUGGAACUUAGAGGCUUUUCUAUGUCAAAAACAUAUCAUUCCUUAAUGUUAAUUUUUUUUUUAAAUGCCACUGAAAUAACUUAUGUAGUUGGCAUUUUAAAUUUGUUUAAACUCUUCAAAAAUAGUUAAUGGACAUUUAGGACUUAAAAGCGCUAUUCAAAUAUUGUUGGUUUCCUCUAAGCACCGCUCACAACCACCCACAACCAUCCUCAACCAUCCUCAACGAUCCUCAACCAUCCUCAACCAUCCUCAACACAUUCACUGUCGAAGAUGCACUGGAUCCUAUACCAAGAUCCAAAAAAGUUUAUUAAAACAAGAAUUUAAAUGAACACAAUAUUAUUUUUUUUUAUAUUAUACCAAAAUAUUUUUAAAUUCUUAAUGAAGAAAAAUACAUUGACCAUGAGAUGGAACUCAGCGCCAAUUAGCGGUAAGUGUAAUUUUUUUUAAAAUCAUAGGUACAAAAAUCAUAACAUUAAAUCAUAGCUACACUACACAAACCAUCACAUAAGGCAGUCAUAUGAUUUCAGUAAGUGACCUAGUCGAAAUCAGUAAACCUUGUUUAAGUGUCCGGAAUGGUUUGUUCGUGGUAAGUCAGAUUACAUUGACAGACAGUAAAUUAUUGUGUUGAUUGAAAAACUUAAUUAAUUUGUUGUUUAAAUCAUGAUUUUUUUUAAUUUUUUUUUUUUUUGUAUCCGGUUUGUGAAAAAUCAAAAACCGGUUUUCCGGUUUCCAAACUGAAGACCGGAAACCCGAUUUUCGUUUAAAAGCCUUAAAUUUUUAUUGAACAGUUUUUUACUUUUCUUCCGCCACCCUCCCCCCCCCCCCUUUUUCCACAGUUACGACACGUCCAUGUUCACAGGCUCAGAGCAGGAAAUUCCCUAUUUUCCUUUAAAAGCCUUAAAUUUUUAUUGAAAAGUUUUUUUCUUUUUUUCCGCCCCCCCCCCCCCCCCCCCUUUUUCCACAGUUACGACACGUCCAUGUUCACAGGCUCAGAGCAGGAAAUGGGUGAUCCCGUGUGGCCGUUCACCCUUGACUACACACCCAGUUACGUGUACUGCCAGCACGGACCAUGUCCUCAAAAGCAGUACCCGGGAAUGUGGGAAAUACCCGUAUGUAAACUUUCAUUACUUUAAAACAGUGGUUCCCAGACUUUUAAGUUUGGCGGACCGGUAAACAAGUUUCGAAAUAUCACCAGGGACCGGUGCAUGAUUUAUUUUUAUACUUUUAUUUCUAUUUGACAAUAAAUAUUUAUGUUAUGGGGACCGGCAGCGUUAAGCAUGCGGACCGGUGAAGGUUCACGGACCGCCAUUUGGGUACCACUGCUUUAAAAGAUGUGAGAUUGGAGAUUUUAAAAAAAAAAAAUUCUAUUAACAGAAUGGUCGCCAGAUUACAAAAAAACUAGAAAUAAGUGUACAAGUAUAGACGUCUGAUGUAGGAACAAUGUUACGAAUAAGUAUAGUCCUCUGUAACUAGCAACAAUGUUACGAAAUGCCUCACCACCAUUCCCCCCCCACACACACACACUUUAUUAAAUUUUUAAAAAAAUAAUUGUGCAUAAAUUUUAAAGAAAUUACGGAAUUUUUCUGUUUUAUUCUUACUAUCCGUUUUCAUUGAUAGAUCACACCAAAAUGUCCCACUUUGAUCGAUUGCUUCUCCUAAAUCCCUUGGAAUAAUAAAAGUAGAAAAAAGAAUGGGGAAGCUUGAGUCAAAAGACAGGACACAAGUUAAGAACGUUUCGGCUAAAAGCCUUCCUCGGCGGACAGGACAAAUGAUAAUACGCUAAGAAAUUAUAGGAACUAGUUUUUUUUUUAAAAUGGCGAUCACUUGACUUUUUAAUGAGUUCCUAUAAUUUCUUUGUCCUGUCCGCUGAGGAAGGCUUUUAGCCGAUACAUUCUUAUCUUUUGUCCUAUCUUUUGAUUCAAACUUCCACAUAGUUUGUUCUACUUUCUCCUUCACGCGGCCUGAACGCAGUCCAUCGUUUAUUGUCUUUUAAAAUAAUACCUGUCUAUAUUCCGUAGCUGAGAAUCUAAGUUAUCAAUUAAAAACACACAACUAUCUGUAAAGAUAGGAUAAUAUUGGGCUGAGGUGUUCGCUUAAAAUAUGUCCCCUUUUCAGGCCGGAUUUUUUGUGUGUUAGCCAACAUAUAAUUGCAGGUGCAUAAAAUUGGACGCUGAAAUUGAAGCAGACAUUAAUUUAAUGUUUUGGGUUUUUUGUUUUUUUUCCCCACUUCCUGUAACAGGUUCAAAGAUGGUUCGGCCUUGAUGGUCACUCGUGUGCUAUGCCCGAUGGUUGUAGUGCCACUGGUGAUGCUGAGGAGACAUUAGAAUACCUCAAGUCUAAUUUCAGGUUUGUGGCCAGCUCUAUCGAUCUCAGAUAAUUUCUUAUGUUUAAUUUUUACGUUACCGGGUAAACGAACAUAAUAAAAUGAAACAUCAUAUGUUCAGAAACUUCACUCUUCAGUGAUGCACUUUUCAUUUUUUUGUUUUAAAUCUGUGUAUUACAUCGUAAUCAAACGAUAUCUGGUUGAUUUAAUUGUUGUAAUAAAUACUGUCACAUUUUAAUUAGUAGACUUAGAUCUCUCCCCCAUCUAGUACACCCAUCUUUGCUCUAUCUCAAUAUUUAAAAAAUGUAGGUGUUUUUUUUUUAUUAAAGUCAUUAGCAUUUCAGCUCAUCUGUCAUUUGUAAGCCAUGAACGUUUUAAUUUUAUUAGGUUAUUUUGGUUUAAAACAAAAUGAUGUUGAAGAAUUUGAAGAAAACGGCAACUUUCCUACCCCUCACUUCAUUUAACCAGAUUUAAUUUAAUGGCUGUUUCGGCUGCUCGUUACGCUAUACAUUCAUGACUACCUCCACUACCAACCGUGCUAUUUGUUCAGCAUAUAACGCACCAACAAGUUUGUGAUUUUUUUAUAUUUUUUUGUUGUUAAACAUGUGUUUCUCUGACAGGCGCUUCUACGGCUCAAACCGAGCCCCGUUCGGCAUCUUCGUCCACGCACGUUGGUUCAACACUGAGCACAACCUGGAAGGCCUGGACAGAUUUAUCGAUUACAUGCUCACUCUCGACGACGUCUACAUUGUGACCCCUAGUCAGGUA